CCAUAAUUUCCACUCCUCCCCCACUAAAACCCAGCUCUCCACGACCGGACCCUCUCAAUACAGCAGAAGGAAAAGAAGAUAAAAUAUGAAAGUAUACGGAACAGGGGUGUUUGAUUUCAGGCGGCACCGGGUGGCUGAGUACCCCGUGGAAGGUCCGCUACCGGCUGGUGCAGCUGAGUCGGCUGUUCCUGACAAGUCGCUGGAGUCGAAGCCCGGGACAAAUUUAUCUACGUCGAUUACCCUAACCGAGAUCCAGAGGGACCGAUUAACGAAGAUUGCAGCAGCUAAUUGGGCGAAAACGGGAGACUCUACUUCUGCGAAGAAGCCCUUUAGUCCUCAAUUGGUUAAAGAGAUUUACGACAAUGAAUUGACGGUUAAAGGAGGGCGAAAGUCUGUGCCGUUGCAGAGAGUGAUGAUAUUGGAGGUGAGUCAGUACUUGGAGAAUUACCUAUGGCCGAAUUUUGAUCCAGAAACGGCUACCUUUGAGCAUGUGAUGUCGAUGAUUCUCAUGGUCAAUGAGAAGUUUCGCGAAAAUGUGGCUGCUUGGGUUUGCUUUCAUGAUAACAAGGUUAUGUUCAUGGCAUUCCUCGAGAGGGUACUUUGCUUGAAAGAGGGAAGAAACUUUAGUGUUGCAGAGAAGAUAAACUAUCUACUUUUCAUGAUCAAUGGAUUUCAGAGCCUUGAAGAUGAGAUAGUGAGUGAAAAGGUUUUGAGAGUAGCAAGUCUACAGAGCUGGCAUAGCUUAUCGUAUGGUCGUUUUCAGAUUGAACUUUGCCUUAAUCCAGAUCUGAUUAAGAAAUGGAAGAAGAUUACAAGGCGAGCGAAGGAGGCUGCUAAAAGAGGGGAAUCUUUGGAGGCAUCAAGUAUGAUGGAAGUACGAUUUUUGCGAAAUCUCAUUGAAGAGUUUUUGGAGGUACUUGAUUCCAAUGUCUUUCAUCAUCAGCAGCAGGAUGAAGAGUCUGAUCAGUCAGUUAAUAUUGGUGAUCCUGAACAAGUUGAUGAUGCUUGUGUCUUGUAUUGUGAACGGUUCAUGGAAUUUCUAAUUGAUCUCUUAAGCCAACUACCAACAAGGAGAUAUAUCAGGCCUCUGAUUGCAGAUGUUGCUGUUGUUUCAAAAUGUCAUUUAAGUGCUCUGUAUAGACAUAGAAAAGGGAAACUUUUUUCCCAGUUGGUUGACUUGCUUCAGUUCUAUGAAAAUUUUGAGAUUGAUGACCAUUUAGGCAGACAGAUGGCUGAUGAUGAGGUGCUUCAAGCUCACUAUGAGCGCCUCCAGGCUUUUCAGCUCCUUGUUUUUAAGAAGAUUCCGAAGUUGCGAGAACUCUCAUUGGCUAAUAUUGGUGCAAUUAACAAGCGUGCUGACCUUUCAAAGAAACUGGCAGUACUUUCUCCUGAAGAGCUGAGAGAUUUAGUCUGCGUAAAGCUGAAAUUGUUGUCCAAGAGUGACCCGUGGUCAGAAAGAGUGGACUUCCUAAUUGAGGUGAUGGUUUCCUUUUUCGAGAAGCAACAAUCUCAAAAGGAAGCUAUAAAUGCUCUCCCCCUGUACCCUAAUGAGCAGAUAAUGUGGGAUGAGAGUCUUGUGCCAAGCAUCAACUACUCAGGUGAAGGGUGCCUGGCGCUUCCAAAACUCAAUCUGCAAUUUUUAACACUUCAUGAUUAUCUGCUGAGAAAUUUUAACCUUUUCCGUCUUGAAUCAACAUAUGAAAUCCGGGAGGAUAUCCAAGAAGCUGUGCCACAUCUCCUUGCUCACAUUAAUAAUGAAGGAGAAACUGCUUUUCGUGGCUGGUCAAGAAUGGCUGUGCCAAUUAAAGAAUUUAAGAUUACUGAGGUGAAGCAGCCAAAUAUUGGGGAAGUAAAACCAUCGGCGGUGACUGCUGAAGUCACAUUCAGCAUUUCCAGCUACAAAGCACAAAUAAGAUCGGAAUGGAAUGCACUUAAAGAGCAUGAUGUUCUGUUUUUACUCUCAAUUUGCCCUUCAUUUGAGCCUCUUACUGCCGAUGAAGCUGCUAAAGCAACUGUACCACAGAAGCUUGGGCUACAAUAUGUACGUGGCUGUGAGGUUAUUGAGAUGCGUGAUGAAGAGGGAACACUCAUGAAUGAUUUUACUGGAAGAAUUAAGAGGGAUGAAUGGAAGCCACCGAAAGGAGAACUGAGAACUGUGACUGUUGCACUGGAUACAGCUCAAUAUCACAUGGAUGUUAGUGAUAUUGCAGAGAAGGGUGCUGAAGAUGUUUAUGGUACAUUUAAUGUACUGAUGAGGAGGAAACCUAAGGAAAACAACUUCAAAGCAAUACUAGAAUCAAUAAGAGAUUUAAUGAACGAAACUUGUAUUGUUCCUGAUUGGUUACAUGAUAUAUUUUUGGGCUAUGGCAAUCCUUCUGCUGCACAAUGGAUUAACAUGCCAGACCUUCUGGAGGUUGUAGAUUUCAAAGAUACUUUCCUUGAUUCUGAUCAUGUCAGAGAGUGUUUUGCGGAUUACCAGGUUUGCUUCACAAACUCCGAUGGGACAGAGAAUGCCAACCCAAGCCCUCCCUUUCGUAUUAAACUUCCCAGGAGCCUGAAGGGAGAUGCUCAUGCUCUUCCUGGAAAUAAGAAGUCUAUCUCAGCUCUAGGUGAUGCUGCUAAUGCAACAGAUGUCCAUUCCAAUGGGGAAAAGCUGGUUGUUGAGGCUUAUACUCCUCCAGACCAUGGUCCAUAUCCCCAAGAUCAACCCAAGCAGAACUCAGUUAGAUUUACUCCUACUCAGAUUGGAGCAAUCAUUUCAGGUAUUCAGCCAGGAUUGACUAUGGUUGUUGGUCCUCCCGGUACAGGAAAGACUGAUACUGCAGUACAGAUCUUGAAUGUGCUUUAUCAUAAUUGUCCUUCUCAGAGGACAUUGAUAAUUACUCAUUCAAAUCAGGCUUUGAAUGACCUAUUUGAGAAGAUUAUGCAGAGGGAUGUGCCAGCUCGUUAUCUUCUUCGUCUGGGUCAAGGAGAACAAGAACUGGCAACUGACCUGGAUUUCAGCCGUCAAGGCCGUGUCAAUGCAAUGCUUGUGAGGAGGUUAGAACUGCUUAGUGAGGUGGAGCGACUGGCUAGGUCUCUCCAGCUGCCUGAGGAUGUAGGCUAUACUUGUGAGACAGCUGGUUACUUUUGGUUGCUUCAUGUCUUCUCUCGUUGGGAACAAUUUUUAGCUGCUAGUGAAAAGAACCAAGACAAAGCAACUUUUGUUCAGGAUCGCUUUCCCUUCAAAGAGUUUUUCUUCAAUGCUCCACAGCCUAUAUUUACAGGCCAGUCCUUUGAGAGUGACAUGCGGGCUGCAAAGGGGUGCUUUCGUCAUUUAAAAACUAUGUUUAAGGAGCUUGAAGAGUGUAGAGCAUUUGAAUUGCUUAAGUCAACAGUUGACCGGUCAAAUUACCUUAUGACCAAACAGGCAAAGAUUGUGGCAAUGACUUGCACCCAUGCUGCCCUUAAAAGGAAGGAUUUUCUUCAGUUAGGCUUCAAGUAUGACAACUUACUGAUGGAAGAAAGUGCUCAAAUCCUGGAGAUUGAGACAUUCAUUCCAAUGUUGCUCCAAAGGCAAGAAGAUGGAUAUGCUCGCCUUAAGCGGUGCAUAUUGAUUGGUGACCAUCACCAGUUGCCCCCUGUUGUGAAAAAUAUGGCUUUUCAGAAGUACAGCCACAUGGACCAGAGUCUAUUUACUAGAUUUGUUCGCCUAGGAAUUCCUUACAUUGAGCUCAAUGCUCAGGGUCGAGCAAGGCCAAGUUUAGCUAGGCUUUACAAUUGGAGAUAUAGAGAACUAGGUGAUCUUCCAUUUGUGAAGGACAAUCAGAUCUUCCAUAAAGCAAGUGCUGGAUUUUGCUAUGACUAUCAGUUGGUAGAUGUACCUGAUUAUAAUGGGAGAGGUGAGACUGCUCCUUCUCCAUGGUUUUAUCAAAAUGAAGGAGAGGCUGAGUAUAUUGUCAGCGUCUAUAUGUAUAUGAGGCUACUCGGCUAUCCUGCAAACAAGAUAUCCAUCUUGACAACUUACAAUGGCCAGAAACUUUUGAUCCGUGAUGUUAUUAACAGGCGAUGUGCUCCUUAUGACUUCAUUGGUCCACCAAACAAGGUUACUACUGUUGAUAAAUUUCAAGGCCAGCAGAAUGAUUACAUUUUAUUGUCUCUUGUGCGAACUCGAUUUGUGGGCCACCUUCGUGAUGUUAGAAGACUGGUUGUUGCUAUGUCCCGUGCUCGACUGGGGCUUUAUGUUUUCUGUCGACGUUCUCUUUUUGAACAAUGCUAUGAAUUACAACCGACUUUUCAACUACUGCUCCAGAGACCUGAUCAACUGGCUCUGAAUCUACAUGAGGUCAUCCCAUACACAGAUCGUCAUGUUGAGGACACUGGAAUCGUCCACCUAAUUAGUGGCCUUGAAGAGAUGGCUGGCAUUGUCAACUACAAGAUGCAUCAAAUAUAUCAGGCACGAGCAAUGAGCCAUCAGUUAUCAGCUUAUUCUGAGCAUGUUCCCAUGGCAGUGGACGCUUCAGAUGAAAACAGCCUUUCAAGUUCAACUGUGCGUGGUGCCUUGGAAUCUGAUCCCCAUCGUGACAAUGGUAUUAAUGGGGAAGUAUCACCUGAAAAUGAGUCAAAUGAAUCUGCAGCAAAGGACCUUGCAAAUGGAAACAAUGACAUGCCACCUGGUAGCAAGUCAAAUGGAAAUGUUGAUUUGAAAGUUCAAGGAGAUGACUUAAAUGGCAUGGAAAUCUCGGGUAGUGCAGAAGAGGAAAGCAAGAUGGAGGAGUAAUGAGUAGUAAUGCUCCACUCUUCUGAACUUCCACAUAUGUUAUUGGACUCAACUUGUUGACAUAUUGAAGGUUAUUAGUUCAAACGGCAUUAGUCCAACUCUGGAGAGGCCAUUCAAGUGAGACAAAAGUUCCCAGAAGACGAAAUGCAAGAACAUUUUCACCAGACUGAUCUAACUUGUAGUUUGGAUGGAGGCAGUGAUCUACCAUGCAACGGUCGUUGGGAACUGUGAAUUUUUGUUUAAUCCUUAGUCCAACUAAGUAGAGAGAGGGGACACGUUGGGGGAAUGUGGGAGGGUGUUCUGAAAAAAAAUGAGAGGUGGGAGGAGAAGGAAUUAUGGCUUGCUGGUGCUAGAUCAAUGGAAGUGGCUACUGCAUUGUAUACAUGUUUUUCUUUUGAGUGCUAAAGUAGGUAACAGCCACUAAAUGUUUGCACAACAUAUUGCUUUCAUGUCGUAUAUGCUCAUCAAAGGGUCCCUCUGUGGUUCACAUGUAUUGCUAACUGCAGUUUUUGAGGAGCAGAGUUUGCUCCAGUUUCCACCUUAAUUUUGGUAAUAGAUUACUUCA